UAAAUAAUUAUGGAGAUAGUCUUGCUUCCAGAGAAACUCAAAUAUUCGCUCCGUAAGAAGAUCUUAAAGAAGAUUAAGAUUAACAGUCUUAUUGCAUUAGUUCUGGCAACAAUUGGAAUCAUCUUUGCUAUUCUUGCCAGUGAGGAAUAUUACAAAGAGGACCUUGAGCAGAAAUAAAGAGAGAAAUGAAGAAAAUGCGCAGGCGACUAUCCUUAGAUUUGUUGUUUCUGUAUCAACAACUUUUUUGAUUUUCUUUAUCUUCAAUCAUUAUCGACUCCUCUUACAGUUCUUGAAAUGUAAAGAAUUUAUUGACGGGAAUAAGAAUAUCUUCACUUCAGGGUAUUGGAAAUGGCUAGCUUUUGAAAGUACUAUUUGACUGAUUCAUUCUCCUCCUUUUGUUAAUUACAGCUGGACUGCAGCUCAGCAACAAGAAGACCUGACUUAUUCACUUGAUAUGAUCUUUACUCUUGUCUGACUUUUAAGAAUCUACCAUUUGAUCAGAGUUUUCUUGUUAUAUUCUAAUUAUUAUAACAAAGAAAAUACAGACAGAGUUCUCAAUGAUUGAAGAAUACUUGGAGGCACAGAAUUUGUUUUAAAAUGCGAACUCAAAGAAAGACCUUUUACUAUAUUGACAAUCUGUAUUCUAAUCGUUUCCUUCUUUUUUGGAUAUGCUCUUAGGGCAGCAGAGCUACCUUAUAUUCAUGUUUCAAAUCAAGAUUGGACAUACAUUUGGAAUGGAAUGUGGUGUAUUCUAAUUACAAUGACAACAGUUGGAUAUGGAGAUUUCUACCCGAUGACAUACUUAGGAAGAUCAAUUGGUGUUACAGCCUGCUAUUUAGGAACAUUUUUAAUUUCUCUAGCAAUAGUCUCACUUACAAUAUCUUUGGAGUUUGAGCCUACCCAGGCAAGAGCGUAUAAGAAUGCCAUCAGAUACCAUCAAAAAAGUUUGAACAGAAAAUAUGCUGCCACUUUGAUCCAGGCUUGUUACAAAUACAGAUUCUAUAUGUCUAAGAAUCAUGAUGUCUCUUUGCGAACUAAGGCUGAAAAGACCUACUUCAUAAAGAAAGCCAUUAAAAACUUUAAAGAUCAAAGAUUAAGGAUCAGAGAAAUGGAAUUCACACUCAGAACAGAUGAAAUGUAUCAGCAGAUCAAUGACAAGAUCAAUAGUGAUUUCGAUAAACUUGUCAUUGACUCUAAAGUUAUUACUGUAGGCUAAAUAAGCACAAUUUUAAUUCCCUUUUUAUUUAUCUCUAAAAUCGCCUUUAUUCAAAGAAAAGAAGUUUUCCCUGGAACUAUUACUUUCGAAUUAAUAGAUAAGCCCAAAUCUAUGAGUAAUCUAACCGCUUGUAUCAGAAUUGUGAAGAAUUGUUCAGACUUGUUGAGAAGAAACAGAAUAAUAUUUCAGCGAUGGUGAAUGAGAUUAUGGAGAUUGGAGAAGAAGCCAGGCUUAAGAUUGAUGACUUCAAAGAUGAGCAAUUCAUUGAUCAAUAUUUGUCUGUUUAUCGCUAAAUUUAUAUUGAUUCUCAUAUGUGUCAAUAAUGAUAUCUGU